AUGAGGACGGCGGCGGAGGCGCACCAGUCGCGCCUGCUCUACGAGCUGGGCGCGCUGCUGCUGACGAUCCUCCGGUCGCCGCUCGGGCCGGGGGAGGAGGGGCAGGGGCCGCCGCGGCAGGUGACGGCGGCCGGGGUGGCGUCCAUGAUGCUCGGCGCCUCCAUGGCGCUCAUGCUCUGCGGCUCCGUCACCUUCAUGCUCGGCUUCUUCCUCAUGCCCUGGGUCGUCGGCCUCGCCUGCGUCUUCCUCUUCGUCGGCUUCCUCACCAACCUCUCCGGGAUCUGGAGGGCCAUCCUCUGCUGGCCCGCCGCCUCCUCCUCGCCCCAUAAGGACGCCUCCACAUGGCAUAUAUUUCCCAAGCCUCCAUUCAUGUAG